CAGUAAAUGGAGAAUCAAAACAAUGUGACUGAAUUCGUUCUUUUGGGUUUAACGAAGAACCCAGAGCCGUGGAAAAUAUUCUCUGCUGUGUUUCUACUCAUGUCUGUGGUCACCGUGUUGGGAAACCUACUCAUUGUGGUAACUAUGACUGCAAGUCGGAGUCUGAGGUCACCUAUGUAUUUUUUCCUUACUUCCUUGUCCCUCAUGGAUGCCAUCUUUUCUUCUGUCAUUGCCCCCAAGAUGAUUGUGGAUUCCCUGUCUGAAAGUACUACCAUCUCCCUCGAAGGCUACAUGACCCAGCUCUUUGCAGAACAUUUCUUUGGUGGGGUAGGGAUCAUACUUCUCAUCGUGAUGGCCUAUGACCGCUAUGUGGCCAUCUGUAAGCCCCUACACUACAUGACCAUCAUGAAUCCUAGGAUGUGCUGCCUGCUGUUGGGAGGGGCCUGGGUAGGGGGGUCCAUGCAUGCAACAAUACAGCAUCUCUUCAGGUACCAAAUACCCUUCUGUGGUCCCAAUGUCAAUGAUCACUUUAUGUGUGAUUUAUUUUCAUUGCUGACACUGGCCUGCAUGGACACCCACGUCUUGGGCCUCUUGGUCAUCCUCAACAGUGGGGUGAUGUGUGUGACCAUCUUCCUUAUCCUCAUUGUCUCCUACGUGGUCAUUCUCUGCUCCCUGAAGUCUUGCAGCUCUGAAGAGUGGCGUAAAGCUCUCUCCAUCUGUGGCUCCCACCUCAUGGUGGUUGUCUUGUUCUUUGUGCCAUGCAUUUUCUUAUACAUGAGACCUGUGGCAACUUACCUCGUAGACAAGGCAGUGGCUGUGUCCUUUACCAUUGUUGCCCCCAUGUUAAAUCCCUUGACCUCUACCCUGAGAAAUGCAGAGGUGAAAAACGCCAUGAAGAAACUUUGGAUGAAACAACAAAUCCUGGAUGGUCAUUAG